AUCUGAAUGCUGAAUAUUUGGAACCCGUUUAUAAUUGUACAAACGCUGCUAUAUCUAAAAUUAUGGAAAAGGUUUUGAAGGAAGACACAAACGUAAGUAGCGUUUUGAACGAUCUUGUAAACGUGACAGCUCCAUCUACAACUAACAAUAACAGCUUAUUGUUGGGUGACCUGGAAACUGUGAACAAAGUGAUGUCUAAAAUUACUGAAGUAAUUGAGGUUAACAUAGAUAACGUAAACAAUGUCGCUGAUUUUUUCGUAGAAACAGCAAAUAAUAUUUUAGACGAGACUACAACAUCCUCCUGGUCAAGCAAAAUUAAUGAGACAGGUUCAGGAGCUGACAGUGUCCUUGAAAACCUCGAUCGAUUUACAGAGAAGAUUUCUAAUGUCAGUACAACUGCAGGGGAGAUAAAAGUUGCAAAAUCUAAUUUAUUUCUCAAAGUAGGUUCAACAAAUGCCUGCGAUGGAACAGAAAUGCAGUUUCCCGAUAGAAGGGAUAGUGAUGUACCCAAAUGGGCGGAGAAAACGUCGGAUAAAAUACAGAUUGCAUGUCGUGAAAAUUCAAAGUCAUAUAGUAGUGUUAUGUACAGAAACCUUUCGAAGAUACUUCCCUCAACAUUGGCUGGCAACAGCACCAACAGAGGUGAAAAGUUGAAUGCACCGGUGAUGUCAUUUUCAUAUUUUCCGAAAGUCGGAGGAAAUUUAGAAAGACCAGUAGAGAUUACGUUUCAAUUGUACGACGUAAGUUGA